AUGGGUAGGGAACGUUAACAUGGCGACUUGUGCGGUGAGUUCGGCGAGUCGCACCCUGUCGGAAUGGUUUUACACGGCAGUCGCGUGGUGAAUGUUCGUUGACGCGCGUGUAACUCGUGAGGCCUGUUUACCGGGGUGCGAACGCGCGCGGGAGAACGCGUCCCUCCUGUGUGGCCGUUGUGACGUGCGCGCAACGCGAUUGACAACGCGGACGUGGCGACCACGAUGUCGGUCAGCUACGCCAGAAUGAAAUCGUGCCACGAGGCGUCGUCGCCGACAUCGACGUCGAUGUCAACGUUGACGUCAAUAUCGACGGCGGCGCCGAGUAACAACGCGCCGAGGCGCGCCGGCGACGAGGAGGAUUGGCAGAUGCAGCUGGCAUUCUGCAAGCCUCGUCACAACGUCACGGUCGAAUAUGUCAAUUGCAUCAGUCAGACCUGGCGAAUGAAGGAACGGAUGAAGACGGUAAGCGUCGCUCUGGUGCUGUGCCUGAAUGUUGGCGUUGAUCCACCGGACAUUGUCAAGACGCAACCGUGUGCUCGUCUCGAGUGUUGGAUAGAUCCCUUGUCUGUGAGUCCACAAAAAGCACUUGAGACUAUAGGUUCAAAUUUGCAAAAACAAUAUGAACGAUGGCAGCCAAGAGCUCGUUAUAAACAGAGUUUAGAUCCAACUGUCGAGGAAGUAAAAAAGUUAUGUACAUCUUUAAGGCGAAAUGCUAAAGAAGAGAGAGUUUUGUUUCAUUAUAACGGUCAUGGAGUACCCAAACCUACUACUAAUGGUGAAAUAUGGGUAUUCAACAGAACAUAUACGCAAUACAUUCCAUUGUCAGUAUAUGAUUUGCAGACUUGGAUGGGUGCACCUAGUAUUUAUGUAUAUGAUUGUUCUAAUGCUGGCAUUAUCGUUGAAUCUUUCCAGCAAUUUGCUGACCAGCAUGAAAAGGAAUACGAAAUGGAAAAACAGCAAAACCGUGCGACUGGAGUAACAUGUCCCGCAGCACCAUGUUAUAAAAAUUGUAUUCAAUUAGCAGCAUGUGCAGCUAAUCAAAUUUUACCUAUGAAUCCAAAUCUACCUGCAGAUAUUUUUACCUCAUGCCUUACUACACCAAUAAAAAUUGCGAUACGCUGGUUUGCAAUGCAGCCUACGUCCAAAUUAGUUCCCAAUAUAUCACUUGAUCUUAUUGAUAAAAUUCCCGGACAAUUAACUGAUAGAAGAACAAUGUUAGGCGAACUUAAUUGGAUAUUUACCGCCAUUACCGACACGAUAGCGUGGAAUACUUUACCGAGAGAUUUGUUUCAAAGAUUAUUCAGGCAAGAUUUAUUAGUUGCUAGUCUCUUCAGAAAUUUCUUAUUGGCUGAGAGAAUACUUCGUUCUUAUGAUUGUACGCCAGUUUCUUCUCCGAAAUUGCCUCCGACUUAUCAGCAUCGUAUGUGGCAAGCUUGGGACAUGGCGCUUGAUUUGUGUUUGGCACAAUUGCCAACGGUUCUCGAAAAUGAAGAUCGAUAUGUACAUUCGUCAUUUUUCGAAGACCAACUCACAGCUUUCCAAGUUUGGCUCAACUUAGGAUCAAAAAGUCGUAGUCCCCCAGAGCAGCUUCCGAUUGUUCUCCAAGUGUUACUAAGUCAAGUCCAUAGAUUAAGAGCGUUAGAAUUAUUAGGACGUUUCCUCGAUCUUGGUCCAUGGGCUGUAAACUUGGCACUUAGCGUCGGAAUCUUCCCGUAUGUCUUGAAAUUAUUACAAAGCAAUGCCAGAGAACUUCGACCUCUACUCGUUUUUAUAUGGGCAAAGAUACUAGCGGUAGAUAAUACUUGCCAAGCGGAUCUUGUACGUGAUGGCGGUCAUAAAUAUUUCUUGUCUGUGCUGCAGGACACUUCUAUCCCGAGCGAGCACAGAACAUUAGCCGCGUUCGUAUUAGCCAGUAUCGUGAACGAGUAUCGGCCCGGUCAAGUGGCUGCUAAUCAGGGUAGUCUCGUUUCAAUAUGCUUGGAACAAUUAGGAGACACAAAUUCUUUGCUACGGCAAUGGCUUUGCUUAUGUCUGGCGCGACUUUGGCACAAUUUCGAUAAAGCAAGAUGGUGUGGUGUCAGGGAUAUUGCUCAUGAGAAACUAUUCACAUUAUUAAAGGAUCCUGUUCCAGAGGUUCGGGCAGCUAGCGUAUAUGCAUUGGGUACAUUUAUAAAUAGCGUUACAACUAGGAGUGAGCACGCGAAUAAUAUCGAUCAAAUUAUCGCCAUGACACUUAUUAAUACCGUCUCCCACGAUAUGUGUCCGUUAGUUAGAAAAGAAUUAGUAGUGGCUCUUCAAUGGAUGGUGUUGCAUUUCGAAAACUCCUUCGUUACAUUAGCCAUGGCCGAAGAAAAUAGUCGGAAGGAUCUUGUUGUAGAAACUCUGUCUCCAUUCAGCGGUAUGAGGCGCAUUAGUUCGCGUGACAGAUUAAAGAUGUUGUCUCCUAACAACACUUAUACCAUAGAUACGACCGAUGGAUUUGGACCGCAGGAUCGCAUCAAGAGAGUUUCAUCCUCGUCAUCCAUUAGCAGUCUAGGUAAUAAUUGGGAGUUCGUGAGGAAACCUUGCGAGUCACUUGGCCACAAUUCUCUUGGAAACUUACCGAGUCUCUCUUAUGGAAGUGUAUAUAUGAAAUUAUGGCAUGGAUUAUGCAAUCUCGACAACGAUCCUCAUCCAGCGGUCGGUACUAUGUCUCAAAAAAUCACCAAUCACAUUCGUAAUAAGGUGAAGGUAUCUUCUACUCCUAAAGAGGUAAUCGAAACGAAAAUUUCUUCGUCAUUGUCCCUUCCGCCAUCUCCGUCAAAUCGGACAGGUUAUUUAAGCAAAGGGGAAUCGCCACCGCCGGCUGUCAACUCUGGAACGGAUUUGUUGCGUUCUUCGAGAGUCUUAUCGCAUAGUAGUCGUUCAAGGAAACCUGUUCCUAAUACAAUAUCUGAAGAGACCGAUGAAGUAUCUGGAGCUAAAAUUCCAUUGACUACCUCCCAAUUUGUUGAGUGGAGUUGCGCGCAAUUUGCUCAACCUGUUAGUUUAGAAGACGAAAUGGAUGAUGUGGAGAGCAGGCCAUAUCUCGAACGAGAAUGGCGAUUUAUACGUAACGCGAAACAAAGACAGGACGCAAAGGAGGAACAAUUGCGCGCGCCGCAAAAUAAGAUGGAAUCACAAAUAUAUCAUGCGAGAUGUCCUCAGUCACCUCAAGUUCUAGUUUUUCAUCCAUUUGAGCCGCAUUUAGCCGUGGCGCUGAAGGAUUGUUUUGGCAUAUGGGAUUAUCAAAGUGGCACAAAAAUGAGUUAUUGUACGAGUAAUGGAAACAAAAUGAAAUCGCGUAUUACAGCACUUGAAUUUAUCAAUUCUCAUGAUUUAACUCUGCUGAUGGCAGGAUCCGACGACGGUUCUGUACGAAUUUGGAAGAAUUACAGUGGUACGAUAAGCCGCGAUCCGAUUCUACUCACGGCUUGGCAGGCACUGGCAGAUGUACAACCCGCAACCAAGACCACAAGUGCAACAGCACGAUUGGUCACGAAGUGGGAACAGAAAUCUCUUACUCUGGCAGUAACGGGCGAUGUCCGCAUUGUGAGGCUUUGGGAUGCGGAAACCGAAUUGAAGAAGCAAGAUAUUCCAACGGGCGCCGAUUGUUGUACCACGUGCAUCGACGUUGACGGCACAGGUGCAAUAAUGGCACUGGGUUGCGGCGAUGGAUCGGUUCGACUUUUAGAUCGGAGAUUACCCCCGGCAGAAGCGAGAGUUAUGACUUGGAGGGAACACACCGCUUGGGUAUUAGGCACGUUUUUAAGACAAUCGGAAGGAUCCGUACCACAAUUAUUUACUGGAUCUUCCACGGGCGACAUAAAAAUUUUUGAUCUUAGGAAAAAUUCUUCCGUAAAUACGAUUCAAGUAACACCAGGCAUUGCAGCACUGACCGUGCACGAGAUAGCUGAUAUUUUUGCUUGUGGUACCACAAAUCAUUGUAUUAGCGUUUACAAUAUAUUGGGACAACAUCUCAACACGAUAAAAUUCCACGAGGGAUUCAUGGGUACACGCCUCAGUCCUGUAAGCUGUCUGAACUUUCAUCCGUAUCGGGUAUCUUUGGCGGCUGGUUUCGUAGACAGUACUUUUACUGUAUACGAGCCACGCAGAUGACUAUUAGAGAUAGAGCUCGUGUAAGAUUCUUGUAGAAUUUUGUAAAUUUAUAAAAGUGCUUCACACAUUCUUUACGUUUCCCAUUACGCGUUGCGAUGUUGUCGACAAAAUCGAGGCUUUCUGCCUUCGUGUUUCCGCGAGAGAAAUCAUGUAAUAAUUCCUAUGAUGACGAUAGAGUAGCCUCCCUUUUCCUGCUAUUUUGACUCGCUAGAAAAUCAACAAUUUUGCCUGUUAUUUUAUGCAAAAAGAGGAAGAAUAUAAUUGUAAUUUUUGUGAUAAAGUGUAAAAGAGUAGAAGUUAACCAAAAUAUUUCGAGGUAACCAAAGAUUAAGAUACGAUUAACUAUCUUUAUGUAACUUUUGAUGCGUAAGAUAGUGACUGUCAAAAAAGCUUUGGUGUCCCGGAAAACGCUGAUGCGUAAUAAUAUGUAUACAUUGUGAUAAAAGAUUGAUGCGAAUUUACGCUAGCGAAAGAAAGAGAUUAACGUUUAACGAAAAUUUUACGCGUAUGGUGAGAUAAUCUCAGCUAUUGUGUGCCAUGUAAUAUCUACUUCAGAAUUAAGCUGUUUCCGUACAAACUUAUGUAUGUAAUGGAAAUAUUUUAAUUACCGGAUUGAUUAUGAGACGUGGCUGUGUAAAUAUGGCUCGCAUUCUACGCAUUUUUACAAACUACGUGAGUAAUCAGUUUUUAUUAGGAGAUAUUUUGCUAUUGUCGAUAUAAUAUUAUUUUUCGUUUUUAAUUUUUUUUUUUUUUCUAUCGUAUUCCUGACCAGUAAAAUAAUGUAGUUUUGUUUCAAAUAAUUUUAAUCAUUACCGAUACAUCGUACAAAUUUUAUUUAAAUCAAUAUAAUUUCGUAAGUAUUAAAAUCCAAUGAAGAACAUAUUCGUUAUGUUUAUUCGAAUGGCAAUAUUAGAUAUACUGUAUGUGCAAUAUUUCUAGAUCGAUAUUCAUUGAUCUAUAUAUAUAUAUACAAUUGCAGCAAGCUUUCCGAAUAUAAUAUACCAAGCUGAACAGAAAACAUGAAAAUUACGGAGGGAGAGAACAAAAAGUUUGAAUGAUAUUUUUUUUUUAUAUAUAUGAAUGUGUGUGACUUUUGAUCAAUUAUUUAUGUAAGUCUAUUUUACAAAAGCAUUUAAUUGUAGAUGUUUAAUUAUAUACAUAGCAGUUACAACGAAGUGUCAUCGUUUAGACCUUUACUUCUUAAUAGCUACUGGUGAUUAAUCCAACCGUGUUACAUAUGUCCAUUGAAAAUUAUAUUAAAUAUUUAGAGAUUAUCGCGUCCCCCUCCUCUCCCCUCUUCCCUCUGCCCCUCGAUGCAUCAAGUUGUAUUGACAAGAUAUUAGCAAUUGUAUCGAUGGUUGCGCGAUUGUAUCACUGGAAAAAUAAUGGACAGCGAAUUUUAAACAUUUAUAUUAAUUAACGUUAUUAAUUAAUUAAUUAAUUUAUUUAUCAGCUUGUUUCACUUUCUCGGUAAGCUGCUGCCAUUUUCACAUUGAAUGCAUAAUGCGUCGAUACUCACGGGAACGGAAAGCAAUCUAGCUUAUUAUUACAAUGCAUAACGUAGAACAAGUUACAGUUAAGAAUACAAGUAGAACAUGUUAAUGUUAUACAAGCAAGAAUCGAUUAUAUUACUGUAAUAAUAGGCACAUUGUAAAUACGUAAAUACACAAUAGAAAACUCGCAUUCGUGAAAAGAGGAAGGGAGUGCGAGAAAAACAAGUGCACAGGUAGCUUUGUAUCUCUUUAUAUUACAUGACAGUUUGGUUAUUGAUACAUCAUAAUCUGAACGUGUACGAGAAAGCGAUGAAGAUCGAUGGAUUUGUGUAUGGUAUUAUAAGAAUUCUGACCGAUCGCAAAAAAAUUUAUAUAAAUAUGCAACAAAAUGCGACACGUAGUGCCAGAUGUACUUAAUCGUUAAGUCAAUUGUGAAAAUCAUGUGUUAUCUCUUUUUUCUUUUUAAAAGAAUUUAUUCAUUCCGUAUUUUGCUGCCAACGAAUUUGGGCGUUAACAUUAUCCGUUGUGUAUUUCUUGAUAAAUUCUUUCUAUCUUUAGUGCGUCCCACUGUAUCUGUUGGAUUAUACGUUUAACACUGUUUUUACCAGUAGCAAAUCAUUUUUACUCUUGGAAUUAAAUUCUCUACAUUGCGUUGCGUUUGGACAAUAAAAAAAAGAAGAAGUAGAAAUAAUUAAAAGACCAAAAGUAGAGUAAAUCACACUUUAGAUGCGAAAUUAACGAAGCUAUUUUGCGGAAAUAUUGUUAUGAAAAAAAAAACAUAUCUUAGCUAAUUUAAAAAAAAAAUACUAUUGAUUAAAUAAGUAAUGAGAUUAAAUUAAUUUGAAAAUUUCACCGUAAAAGCUUUAUCAUGUAUAAUAGCUUUAUUUAAGCUUUAAAGUUUCAACUAUCGGGAGAAGAUCGGUAUGGACACGGAAUUGGAAUGUGUGUAAUUUAUGAGUUCAGCUAUCAAUUAUCAAUUAUAAAAACUAAUAAUAAAUUGCAUUACAGCCAAUAUCACAAAUGUAAUUUAUAAUUAAUGUUAAUUUAUUAUUUUAAAUUUUAUUGAGUUUAUUCUGAUGUCGUGCCUAUAUCGAUUCUCUUUUCUUCUAAAUUCCAUGUUUAUAUUAAAUUUCAUGUCUAUGAAGAUGUUAUUAACGUGGAAAUAUCAAAGAUGCGAUAUUACGGAAAAGAUUUAUAAUUUCGCAAUGUUAGCAGAUUGAUUUUGAAAAAAAUUUCAAAGAUAGAUUUUCUCAAGAGACGGAUACGUAAGAAAAGUGAUGAAUCUCUGAUUGAAAUUUUGAAUAAAAAUCCAAUAUAAAAUCCAAUAUUCUGACAAGUCUAAUAAUAAAAGUCUAAUAACACUAUAAAAUAUUAUUUUAUUAUAGAUACUAAAAGCAAAAAAUUGCAAUUCUUUUUUUUUGUCACUGUCUGUCGUGACAAAUUGAUUUAUCAUAUACAUAUGUAUCCCAAUACUCGGCAAAAUUACAUCGAUAUAAUUUUUAUAGAUAGCUGCAUGAGAUAGCUGCUCUGCUCUAUGUAUUAUAUACAAUUCGGCGAUCGCAUGCACCGUUAUUAUAUCGUUAACUAGCAAUAACAAUCACGUUAAGGAUUUGCAAAUAUUUAUGGGAUAAAUCGAGGAGAGGUAAAUGCGAAGUAUCAACGAUUUUGAUACUGUAUAUUAUUGUACAUUUGUGUAAUUAUAUAAUUGCCUCGCGUAGUAAACUACAUGAUCACGUUACAUCG